GAACGCCGUCCUCCCGUCGCUGCCGCUGCUGCACUUUGUUCCACGGGCAGGAGCAGCAGAAAGCCACAACGGGGGGGGAGCAGCGUUCAGCAGCAGAGCCGCGUAACCUGGGCGCCUCCUUCCCUGAGGCUGGUUCUCUAUGCGCUGGCGAGAGCCCUCCUGGCUGGGGGGCACUCCUUGGUCACCUCGCGCCUAGGGCUGGGGGGCUCUCCCUGCCGCCCUCCCCUCCAGUUCGCCCCCGGUGCCAGGGGAGCCUGGUGGCUGCACAUCAGCUGCUGCCUGCGAGGAAAGUAAACAACCCCUCCAAAGAAAACUUCAUUUCCACUGUCCUCCCCCAACAGAUAAACCAGUUUGGGACACGUUGGCUAUUCUCCCUGCAAACCUCAUGAAGCUGAACUUUCCCAUCCAGCUGGUAUAACACAAGAGUUUGCGGCUGGUGAGGUGCAGAGGGGUUGUAUACUGGAUGCAAGCUAAUGACUUUGCAGGGCAUAUCAGAUUGUUCCCCUGAGUGAGUGAAGACCAGAAUGAAUGGACAUAUUUCAAAUACCCCUCCUAGUGUAUAUGGAAAUUACUCUUCUCAAAUAAAUGGAUAUGGUUCGCCAACGUUUGCUCAGGCGGAGAGGGAACAAAGUUCGAAAGCAAGUGCAAAGGCUAUUUAUGAGCAAAGAAAGAGUUAUGCACGGGACAGUGCCAGCAGCAUAUCCGAAACGUCACAGUAUCAUGUGGAGCACUUGACUACUUUUAUUUUGGACCGGAAAGAGGCUAUGAUAACAGUGGAUGAUGGAAUAAGAAAGCUGAAAUUGCUGGAUGCCAAGGGCAAAGUGUGGACCCAAGAUAUGAUUCUUCAAGUGGAUGAUAAAGCUGUCAGUCUGGUGGACUUAGAAUCAAAGAAUGAACUAGAGAAUUUUCCUUUGAGCACAAUUCAACAUUGCCAAGCUGUGAUGAACAUGUGCAAUUAUGAUUCUAUUCUUGCACUAGUUUGCAAAGAACCAGCCCAAAACAAGCCAGAUCUUCAUCUUUUCCAAUGCGAUGAGGUUAAGGCUAGCUUUAUUCAUGAAGAUAUUGAAAGUGCAAUCAGCGACAGCAAAGGAGGGAAACAAAAGAAGAGGCUUGACACGCUCAGGAUGAUUUCCAAAGCUGACAGCUCUAUUCCUCCACCUCCAAAAGCGCCUGCUCCUGUUCCCCCAGGUACUGUCACACAGGUAGAUGUCAGAAGUCGAGUGGCAGCCUGGUCUGCUUGGGCCGCUGAACAAGGAGACUUUGAAAAACCCAGACAGUUCCAUGAGCAUGAAGAAACAGCUGAGAUGAUGGCAGCCAGGAUUGACAGAGAUGUUCAAAUUCUGAACCAUAUUUUGGAUGACAUUGAAUAUUUUGUUACCAAACUUCAAAAAGCUGCUGAAGCAUUUGCUGAACUUUCAAAGAGAAAGAAAACCAAGAAGAAUAAAAAGAAAGGACCUGGAGAGGGGGUUCUCACUCUUCGUGCAAAGCCACCACCUCCAGAUGAAUUUGUUGACUGUUUUCAAAAAUUCAAGCAUGGCUUUAACCUUCUGGCUAAAUUAAAGUCCCACAUCCAGAACCCUAGUGCACCCGAAUUGGUUCAUUUUCUGUUUACACCAUUAAAUAUGGUGGUGCAGGCAACUGGAGGUCCAGAGCUCGCUGGUACGGUACUCAGCCCUCUCCUAACAAAGGAUGCCAUAGAUUUCUUGCGUUACACUGUCAGUAGUGAGGAAGGACAACUAUGGAUGUCAUUGGGUGACACAUGGACCAAAGCCAGAGUGGACUGGCCCAAAGAUCAGUUUAUUCCACCCUAUAUUCCACGCUUCAGAAAUGGUUGGGAGCCUCCUUUGCUGAGUUUCUUGGGAGCUCCAAAUGAGCAAGAACUAAAUCAGUUGGCUGAGUCUGUGGCAAAUGUUGCAGAGCACCAACGGAAACAGGAAAUGAAAAGAAUGUCAGCUGAGCACCCCAGUGUCCCAGACUAUCCUCCAUCUGAUGGGUAUGCAUUCAGUAACACAGUUUACAAAAGAGGGCCUCUGCCGGACCAGGGGGCAGCUGUUGCUGCCUUUAAACAAACUGUUAGCCGACAUGUAGAUAGAAAUUAUGAAGCACACAGUAAGGCACAGCCCAAGAGAUAUGCCAAAUCCAAGUAUGACUUUGUGGCAAGAAACCACAGUGAACUUUCUGUCUCGAAGGAUGAUAUUUUAGAGAUCCUCGAUGACAGAAAACAAUGGUGGAAAGUUCAAAAUAAAAGUGGCCUUGGAGGGUUUGUGCCAAAUAACAUCUUGGAUCCACUGCGACCUCAGGAACCUGGUUUAGGACAUUCCGAACCUGCAUACAGUCACACCAUACAGAAACAAAGGAUGGAUUAUGUUCUGAAACAACCCGACCCCAGUCCUGCUGCUCCAUCACCACCUCCGACACCAGCUCCAGUUCCUGUCCCUCUCCCUCCUAUUGCACCAGCACCUAUUCCAGUUCCUGUGCCAAAAGCACCAGGAACUAUUAGCCGCCAAAGCAGCACCUCUAGUGAGAGUGGUGGUACCAUUAUGCGUGACAGCCAGAGACACAAACAACUUCCUGUGGAUCGUAGGAAAUCUCAAAUGGAAGAGGUACAGGAUGAGCUUAUUCACAGGCUUACCAUUGGCCGGAGUGCUGCCCAGAAAAAGUUCCAUGUGCCACGACCAAACAUACCAGUAGUUAAUAUCACUUAUGAUUCCUCUGCUGAGGAUGUGAAAAUGUGGUUGGAGUCAAAAGGAUUCAGCCCAGUGACUGUCAAUAGCCUUGGAGUGCUGACAGGCGCUCAGCUUUUCUCUCUCAAUAAGGAUGAAUUAAAGACUGUUUGUCCUGAAGGGUCUAGAGUCUACAGCCAAAUUACUGUACAGAAAGCUGCAUUAGAGGCUAACAAUGGCAGCUCAGAACUACAGGAAAUCAUGAGAAGACGACAAGAAAAAAUUAGUGCAGCUGCCUCAGAUUCAGGAGUGGAAUCUUUUGAUGAGGGAAGUAGUCACUGAAUGUCUUUUUUCCUUUUAAUCCCAUUGUCCUUGGCAUUAUUCCAUCAAGCUUUGUUUUAGGAAGCAAUGAAGGGGAAUGUCUGAUUUAUUAUUAUUUUGUAGACAUAACUUGUUGCCAUAAAGAAACCAUGCAACUGGACUUGACAGAAGCACCCACUGCUGGACAUUCUUGGCACUCGAGAAAACCCUUACACCCAAACAUGAGUUUUAGCCUUGUGGAAUUAACCAUUUCAUGCUCUUUGUGGAUAAUCAGAAACACAUUGCUGCUUUUGAUUUAUUCCAGUGAAGCUGAGCCAGCAGUAAGACAUACUUGGCCUUCAGUAAUAUAAGAGUUUAAAUUCCCUCUGUCGCUGUAGUCUGUGAUUCACUCCUUUUGUCUCAGUCUCAUGCUCUGAACAUCAGGAUGUUCAGAUUUAUUUAAAAGUUCUUGAUGCCAGCAAUCAAAGACGAAAUGUUUAGAAUGCAACCAGCAGUUAAGCCUUCGGAACAUAGGCUGAGUUUUUCUUGUACCUCGUGCAAGGCAUUUUAUUACUAAUGAAGCUGUUGAUAGCAAGAGAAUAUAUUCUGUACUUUGAUUUUAUUUCUGUUUCACUGGUUAUGAACCAUACUAUUACGCAGGAAUAAAUAGAAAACAUUAACACAUAAGUCAGCUUACAAAGGUGGUCAGACCUGCUUUUGAUAGCCAUAACGGUAUUCACAGUAUUUUUUUUUAAAUAGACUUGCAUUUUUGUUGGUAACUAAACUAGUCAAAAGGAAAAUGUAAUCUAAACUCCUUUCAUGUGUGUUGAUCCUAAAUGUCAAAUUUUCUGUAUGUAAAAAAAAAAAAAAAAAAGGCAUUUAUAAAUUUAAUCUUUUGAAAUAUUCUUGAUUCCAAGGCGGGGAAAAACACUUUCCAGCAAAUGUUAUUUUUGGAAACACAAUUUUUGUCACAAAAUGUUCUAUUGUUUCACAUGUAUAAAGACUGACACGUCAUUUAGAAAGAUUUCAUCAUCUAGUUUCAUUAAUUUUCAUAGUGCCUUUUUCACAUGAUUCAGCUGAAAGUCUGCAAUAAACAGUGUUUGAUGUAUGUUAAA